GGGGGUUGAGUUAAAGAAAAGGGAAGCCACGUUGACACGAGAAGAGGAUUAUUUGUGGGACCUCAGAGGAUAACGUUUACUUCCACAACUUUCCUCCUCAGAAACUUCAACCAAAACAUUAAGAGUUAGAAACAUCAUCUGUCAGGAUGAGUGUUGGGUUUAUUGGAGCAGGCCAGCUGGCUCAUGCCCUGGUUAAAGGUUUCACUGCUGCAGGUGUGAUUGCAGCACACAGGAUUACAGCCAGCUCUCCAGACACAGACCUACCCACUGUGACUGGGCUGAGGAAAAUGGGGGUGAACUUGACAACUAGUAACAAAGAGACUGUCAACAAGAGUGAUGUGCUUUUUCUGGCUGUGAAGCCCCACAUUAUCCCCUUUGUUCUGGAUGAGAUCGGUCCAGACAUCGAAGACCGUCAUCUUAUCGUCUCUUGUGCUGCAGGUGUUACCAUCAGCUCUAUAGAGAAGAAGCUGCUUCAGCACCGUUCAGCUCCUAGAGUCAUGAGGUGUAUGACAAACACACCGGUGGUGGUGCGAGAAGGAGCCACGGUGUACGCCACAGGGACACAUGCAGAGGUGGAAGAUGGUAAAUUGCUGGAGCAGCUGAUGGCCAGUGUUGGUUUCUGCACGGAGGUGGAGGAGGACCUAAUUGAUGCUGUCACUGGACUGAGUGGCAGCGGACCCGCCUAUGCCUUCACAGCCCUGGAUGCUCUUGCAGAUGGAGGAGUGAAGAUGGGUCUGCCCAGGAGACUUGCUGUCAGGCUCGGAGCUCAGGCCAUGUUGGGAGCAGCUAAGAUGCUGCUAGACUCAGAGCAGCAUCCGGGGCAGCUGAAGGAUAAUGUCUGCUCACCAGGGGGCGCCACCAUCCAUGCGCUGCACUUCCUGGAGAGUGGUGGCUUCAGGAGCCUCCUGAUCAAUGCAGUGGAGGCUUCCUGCAUCAGGACAAGAGAGCUUCAGUUUCUGGCAGACCAGGAGCGCAUCUCUCCGGCGGCCAUUAAGAAAACCACGCUGGACAAAGUGCUGCAGCAGCCUGGAGUCUCAGUCAGCGGCAACGCGAACGGGAACAGCAAGUCAGGACUCAGCCUGUUCAACAAUCGCAGCUCUGGGCUCAAAAAGAACUGAGAAGAAAAAAAAAGCCACACAGACAAACAUGUUACAGGUUUAGAUGUACCAACGUGCACACGUCUCCAAACAGCGGAUCAACUAAAAAAUAAAACAACAGACUCCUCUACAUUAGUGUACUCAGUUUACUUGAAUAUCAGACUGAGCUGGUGGUUCUUUUUACCACAUUACACACAAACACACGGACUACGCCUGCAGGAUUACUGUCUACAUGGAACACAAAUCCAGAAACAUCAGGGCUGUUAAACGGUAACGACGCAGUGGGCCAUCAUGGGGUUCUGGUACGCACCAGGCAGCAGAUGGCUGAUGGGAUAUCAAGCUGUAAAAGCACAUCUAAUGUUUGUCUUUAAAGAGCAGACGCCCCAGCGAACCAUCAGCUACUCAUCUCUUUUAAAAAAAAGUAUUAUUUUUGUUUGUUAUUCCGUUAAAAAAACAUUUUGAACAAACAUUUUUGUUUUUUGUCUAACCCUCCUGCUGCCCUAAGGUCAAAAGGACUAAUAAAGACUAGUUUUUUUUUAAAUCAAUUUUAACAUUUCAAGCUGUAAUUUAACUUUUUUUGUUGGUCUGAAAAUCCAAAAGAACUUUUUUACAUUCUUUCAGCAGUGAAUGAGACGUCAUUAUCUUAACGAACUAAUAAAACCUAAAUAAUAAAGAA